CGACUGGGUGGCAACUCUGAAAAAUGGCCAAGUUUAGAACGUUGCACAGCGUGGAUACCGAGUACUCGGCUGAUUCGGUGGAAUGGUGUCCGGGAUUGGACUAUUUUGUUUGCGGUACAUAUCAGCUGGUCGAGGCAGAGAAGGUGGCAGAUCAAGAUGAAGGUACGAAACGCCGAAAGGGUCGCAUUUAUCUAUAUAAAUUUAGUGCGAUUGCCGACUGUGAGUUAGAGAAGCUGCAGACCCUGGAGACAGCAGCUAUUCUGGACAUGAAAUGGUUGCCAGCACAAUGCAAUUCCGAGAGUGGACCUCUUCUGGCCACAGUUAAUGCUAUCGGUCAGUUGGAAAUCUAUGAACUGAAUGUGGAGGCACAACAACUGAAAAGACGCACGUGUCUUAAUAUAGAGGAAAGUGAAUCGGAGACUCCUCCAUUAGCCUUGGCCUUGGACUGGCAACGUCAAGAUAAUGGAAUUCAGCUUAUUGUUUCUGAUUCUCGGGGUAAUCUGAAUCUGCUGUCUUACACCCAGACGGGCGAUAACUUAUCCAAAGUGCGUUCCUGGCAUGCUCACGAGUUCGAGGCUUGGACGUGUGCAUUUGAUCGUUGGACACCACAGCGUGUGUUCAGUGGUGGCGAUGAUGGUCUCCUGCGGGCGUAUGAUUUAAGGACCGAGCAACUGGUAUGGACAAACAAGGCUCAUAUGGCAGGUGUAACCUGUCUACUGAGUCAUCCGCGCCUGGAACAUCAUCUCAUCACCGGCAGCUACGAUGAGCAAGUGCGUCUGUUUGAUACACGGCAAAUGAGACAGUCUUUAGCCGAACUGAAUGUAGAGGGCGGUGUUUGGCGUCUAAAACCUCAUCCUCAGCGCGACGAUCUCAUCCUUACGGCUUGCAUGUACAAGAAUUUCAGUUUGGUUGGAUUAAAUGAAACAAAUUUGACCUUGCUGGGCACUUUUGAGGAGCAUGAGAGCAUAUGUUACGGUGCGGAUUGGUCACCAAAACUGUCCGAUGGACUGUUUCAUAUGGCAACUUGUUCAUUUUAUGACCACAAACUAUGUGUUAGCAGCUUGCAGCUUGAAUAAAAAUCUACACAAAUAUAUUUGAA